AUGCUUGCAACAAAAUUACCAGAUGCAAACUUGAAGGCGAAGCCCCACAUAGAGUCUAGAAUAAAGACUUUGAAAAAAGAAUGGGCUAUUAUAUAUGAUAUGGUGCAAGGGACACAUACUAGUGGAUUUGGGUGGGAUGAUCAAAGGAAUAUGGUUGUUGCUGAUGAUCCAGUAUGGGAAGCUUACAUACAUAGUCACAAGGAGGCUGCCCCUUUUAGAAGAAAGAGUUUUCCCUUCUUCAAUGAGCUAAGUAUAAUUUAUGCAAGAGAUCGUGCAACAGGGAAAGAUGCACAAACUGCAGUAGAUAUCCUUGAAGAAAUGCAGGACUGUAAUGAUACAAUCAAUGAGGAAAUUGAAUGUGAAAACCUAGCUGGAUAUAAUUUCGAGGAUGAGGAUUUCUCCAAUAUUCAACCUCAAACAUCAGCUCCCAGAAGUGACACAACUUCAACAAGGAAGAGGAAAAGGCUAAAUGAGAUGGGUGAUCCCAUCACAUCUGAAUCAAUUAUUGCUGCUGCAACGAUAUUGGGUGAAAACAUAAAAGAGGCUGGAAUUGAGUUUAACAGAAGUGUUGGGGCAGAGGUGAACAUCCAACAAAAAGCUCAAGAGUUGGAUGGGAUUUUAAGUCAAGUAGAGAGAUUGACAGCGAUGGAAAGGGUUUUAGCUUCAAUUAAACUUCCAGAAUCUCCAACUCUUAUGUUUGUGUUUUUAGUAUUGAUCCUGAUCGAAGACUUGAAUGGCUGA